AUGAGUUCCCCAACACUGCGAAAACUCGCCCUCGCCACGUUUGCAGGGAUAGGGGCCAUCUAUACAGCAACUACCUUCUCAGCCCCUUCAAAUACCCAAACUAUCGCCAAUGACAUGAGGAAGCAGCUGGAUGAAUACAAUUCAUCUGUAGAGGCUGGAAAGGAAUCGCAAUUCCAACAUGCAGCACGAUCGGAUCGGUCGACCAUGCUAGAUCGACAUGAGUUGAUGGAGAAUGCUAAGAUACGGAAACCUUGGAACAUGACUUUUGCUGAGAGGGAAAGGGAAGCGACGAAGUGA